UCCCACAAAGACAAAUCCAUGCUUCUUUUUUAGUCAGAAUGGAGGCUAUUUUGAAAUUCCUCCACAGGGCGAACAGAUGUGUGUCCUAAGCACAAAGGAGGACGAGGCACUACAAAAUGUGUGACGCGGCUCAAGACAAAAAAAUUGAGGACGUUACAACAUAUAAAAGCCAAAAAACACUCCUUGAAUGAUAGAUCUGUGCGUUUUAGUCAAAACGGAGGACAUUCUGGAAUUCCUGCUCAGAGUGACCAAAUGUGUCCUAAGCACAAAGGAAGAUGAUGCACCACAAAAUAAUUUGGCUGUUUUGACAAGAAAACCAGAAGUUGAUUCUGGAAGUUGACUGACGUGGGACAAGGGCUAUAGCUCUGAGAAGGGGAGCAGAUGGAGGGGAGAGCAAAUCCAUGGCUGUUGUCAAGAGAAAGAGUUACCUAGCAACUCUGACACAAUCAGGAACAAAAAAGGCAGGCUUUUCUUGUGUACAGAAGUGAGAUUAUUUUGCAGCCUUUUACCAGACACUAGUGAAGGGAAAAAGCACUCCUGUCUCCCAUGGCUGUAGCAACAGUUUAAAUGACAUAUUUACCAAAGAGGAAAUGGAGAAGUUGAAAAGUCCAGUGCCCAGCCCCUUCAAAGGCAAGGACAUCACAGUUUUAGCUGGGAAAUUUAAGCACAUGGCCUUGAACACCCCCCUUCGGUUCAGUGUUCAGGCCUUGAGGCCUCAUUCAAAGAACACUGCUCGGUUUGGCAGUCUCAGCCAUCACUCUUUCUUCUCUCGGCAUAAUCCCCACCCUCAACGAGUGACUCAUAUCCAAGGCUUGAAUGGUGCUCCUGUUUGCACAGUUAAUGAUGAAUGGACCAUUCUUCCACCUCAUCCAAUGAUAAAAAGUCAGCUUCACACACAUGUUUUGGGGGUUCUUGGAAUCCAGAGGCCCAUUGGAGAUCCACAGCCUCUUCCAAUCCCUAGGCUAUCAGUAGGCUCUUUGUCAGAUGCAUGGCGAGAGGAACUGAGGGAGCUUGCUGCAAGAGUGACAGCUGUCUCCUUUGCUAAGAAGGAGAAGAAGGAGACAGUGAGUAGAAGAGCAAGGGGAAGUGUGCUUGAAGGUCAUGAGGCUGCUUUGCUAUUGAAUACUGAGAAGUCACAGAGAGAGACACAGUAUUCAGAAGAAACGGGACGUCUUAUUCCACCUCCUUCCCGAGCCAUAACUCGCCAUUCAUCCCGCUGCACACAUAAGAACAAUGCCAAGAAUAAGAGUAAAGAUGCUACUAUGAUUUUUCAGGACCAAGAACUGAUAAUUUUGGAAUUGCUGUGUCAGAUCCUGCAGACAGACUCCUUGGCUGCUAUUCAGCAAUGGCUCCUCACUGCAGGUCAGAGAGAUAAGGAUCUUGUCAUGGGAUUCCUGCAGAUUGCCACAGCCAACCUCCAUCUUGAGUCCCAGGAAUUGGCUACAAACAUGGAAGUGAGACUUCCAGCACAUUUAUCCCCAAAUGCCUCAGACUUCACCUCCAGACUACACAGCUUUGGGAGGAAUCACUCAAAUAGAGUGUUUGUGGCAACACAAAAGCAGGAGUGUAUCCCAGAGGAAGAGAAACCAGUGCUUAUCGGCACUGCAGAAAUUCUCCAGCUCCACUCAGACACAAAUGAAAAGCAAAACCAACCAGCUCGAACUAAUUAGAAAACCAUCUUGGUCCUGCCACCAUCAUGAUUGCAAGACACCUUGAGUCCCAAGUUUGGGGAGAAAGGCAAGAUAUAAAUAAAUAUCAUCAUCAUCAUCAUCUGUGGUACAACAGUAACAUGAAGACACCCUCUGAAAUUCUUGAAAAGAUAUGACUCUGCUAUCUGCUCCUAUUCCAUUUUAGCAUUUGAUGCGAACUGUCAAGGAUGCAUCAUACUGUGUAUUAAAUCUAGUAGACACAUCACUGAUGACAAAAUCCCUAUUGUGGGAUGACUCAAAGCUCAGCAAAUAAACUUUGAAGUGAUUCGAUAGUGGAUAGUGAUUAAAUAUGCAGUCUUUUAGGUAGGUAUGUGGGCUUUAUUGCAUAUCAAAGUAUGCCUGUUACCUUUCCAGUGUUUUGGGGGGAUCUAUAUGAGGAAAUAUAUUUGACCCUCAACUGUCUUAGGGGUUGGGGUGUGCCCCCUGCAAAGUGAAAAAAACAUGAAUAUUAGCUUGCUUUUUUUUAAAAAAAACAGGCAUCUGUAGUUCCUACAGUGCUAUUCUGUGGUCAGCUUCCACCAGACGUUGACUUGUGCUGGAGGACCUACAAAUGCCUUGAGAGAAUAUUCGUUUUAGUGACAAGGGCAAAUACAGUAAUAUGUGACUAAUGAAAUCUAUGAAUGUUUAACCUGCAAAUGUGUAGGGAUGACUGUAUGUGAACUUGAAUGUAUUCCAAGAGUGUGUAUCGCAAGGCAUAGGGCCAAGGCUAUGAUCUCUUUCAGUUGAGGGUCCAUGUGCUCUCAGUAGUCUGCAGUUAGGCAAGAGAACUAAAGAAGUCACUCUGCUGCAGAGGGUUGGAAGAGGAGUGUGGUGUAGAAUAAAGAAUGUUGGAGUAGGACAGAGGAGCCCAAAACUCAAAUCCUUACUCAAGUCCAAUGCACACUGCGGAAAUAAUCCAGUAUGAGACCACUUUAAUUGCCCUGGCUCAGUGCUAGGGAUUCUUGGGAAUUGUUGGCGCGUUACAGACCGCCCUCAAGCGGCCGUUCUCC